AUGNCUUUUCUCGAGAGCAUUCGAAAGUCUGAGUGCCCAAAAGAGCUUGAGCCUGCUGAUAGAAGAGCCCCGGUACAUGUCAAUCUGAUGCGAAGGGAAGAGAAAUGCCCUGAACGAGAGAAGCGUAGGGUUUCAUUUCAAGGUGUCGGAAGAACUCUAGGUGGCAGCAAUGAUGGCAGCGGAAGUAGCUCACCGUGGGCUCCAGAUUCAACUGUCAUUCCCAUCCAAGCCGGUUCAGUAGCACAAGCGCCAUCUCCAAGUCUUGUAAUAGAUGAAACCGUUCCAACAACAUCGAUACAGCUAAGACUAGUUGAUGGGACACGCCUGGUGGCUAAGUUCAAUCACCAUCACCCGAUCACCGACAUUCGCUCUUUCAUUGACUCAUCUCGACCUGGAGCUCCACUGAACUACCAGCUUCAGGCAAUGGAAUUCCCACCAAAGCCCUUGACUGAUCUCACUCAGACCAUUGAACAAGCCGGUCUCGCCAACUCUGUUGUUCUUCAGAAAUUCUAGAACUUUCUACAAGGGUUUGUUCUUUUUUUGUCUAUCUCUAUAUGCACUAUCAUGAGAUCUUCAUAACUGCUACUGUAACCAAAAAAAAAAUGUUGGGCCUGUAAGUUUACUUCUUGGCUUUGUAUACGCAACAUAAACGGUGUCUCUCUCUUAUGGGAAGAAAAAAGACUUGUGGUAUAGUUUUCACUUAAUUUAUGGAAAAUAAAUAUUUUCUUU